CGGUGUCACGUGACUUUUGUUUACAACGUAUUUUGACAUUUCGUGAUUCAUCUAGAAUACACUUGUUAAUCAUGUAGAUUCAAUAUAUAAAUAAGCCCACGUGACAGUUUGUCGGCCAGUUUAGACCUACAAUUGGUCGGAAACUGGCUGAUUAACCUGUUGAUGUUCAAACACGGCUCAUUACGCAUGUGGAACCCGUGACAGUACAGAUUUGACUAACUACCAAGUUGACAGUCAAACUCUAAGAGGAACUAAGCGAAAACGGUCAGAUUCCCACAAUCCAGAGACAGAGAAAAGAGGAGGUUUAUUACAAAAAAUAAAGAGAGCUGCAAUGACAAUUGUAGGGAGCAUUUUUCCCGAGCACUCGCCUUGGGAUUCAUUGUGGAGUUGGCAACCUGGACACAGACAACCACAUUGGAACAGUUUUGAAGGAUGGAGAGAUCACGCCAGUCAUUCUCGAACUGAAAUAGAGAUACCUAUCCAAAUUGUUGACAGUGAUCAUUUUGACUCUUCUGAUGAGUGGUCUGAUGUAGACGACUAUGAUAUGAACAACAGUUCAAGAAGGGCCAGCAAAAGAUCACGGGACGAAACAUCAAAAUUCCCAACAGAAAACGAUGAACUAUUAGCAGCUUCCUUGAAUCUUGACAAUUAUGAGAGUAGUGAUGAUCCUUUUAGGAGGAAUUUGAGACGUAAGCCUUUGAGAGAGGAAACUAGAAGUAGCUCAUACAAUACAAGAAGUCAUGGUGUCAAGUCUAGCGAAACAAUUUGUAUAGAUGUUGAUGAUGAUGAGAAAGAGAUAAAUGGAACAUCUAACUACUCUGUGUAUCAGUACUUGAAAGGUUUUCUAAACAGCCAAGGUCGACAAAUUGAUGGCAUCAAAGGAGAUGGAAACUGUUUCUUUCGUGCUUUAAGUAAAAUUAUUUAUGGGAACCAGAAGUAUUACAAUGAAAUAAGACAGGCUGUUGUUGAUGUCAUAGAAAAGCAUCCAAAGAAAUUUGAAGCAUUCACUGAUGGUCCUAUAUCAGAACAUAUUGCGGAUAUCCGUGUUGACAAAACAUGGGGUACGCAAACAGAAAUCUACGCAGCCGCAACUUUGCUUAACAGGGAUUUCUACAUUUUGUCACCAGAUAAUACGGGUGAAACUUACAGAUGGCUGCUCUUUCAACCCCAAGUGAAGUUGCGUAAAACAAACAACCUCACUGGUUGCGAUUGUUGUAUAACAAUCUGCCAUACGCAUGGAAAUCAUUAUGAUAGAAUUGCCCCUCUCUCAGGAAAGUGUAACUGCGAGCUGGGUCCUCCAGAAAUGUCAGGGAUAAAAGGACAGAUUGACUUAACUUCGGAGGAUGAGAUUGUAUAGCUCGUAUGGAAAGUCAAGAUAAUUUUCUUGUUUGUCGUUGUGCUAGGGCUUAUUAUGUAGUCUAAAUAGAACAAUUCACUUUAUUCGACUUUAUACCAAUAUUGUCUAUCUCUAUAUAUAUAUAUGUAUGUAUAUAUACACAUUGUUAUCAGGACCUUCCCCAUAAAAUUAUUCAAACACAACUUAUGUCAGUGGGGGUUUGGGGUGCCCCCUUCCGCAAUGAGAACUUUUUUAGAUUUUGAAACUGUAUAUCAUAAGGUGUGUUCUGGCAUAAAAAUGUGAUUUAUUUGAAAUCUUUUCUCUAUUUUUUUCAAUACAUCUUGAUGAUCAAAUUAUUAUAUACCCAGUCUUAAACACUAUUGUCACACUUUCUAGUGGGUGCUGUAAUAAUCAUGAUUUAUAGAUGUAAUUAUAUAGUUAAUGUAGUGACGUCUUUUAAAAGUUUAAACCUUUAGAAAUGACUGGUGGUCAAGAAAUGCAGGUAGAUAAUUGAAUACAAAAUACUCAGUGUAAGCCAAGAAAAGAUUCCCUUAGGAUAAGUUGCAGCUGUUUAUUUAUGAUCGUAUGUCAUUGUAGCCCAUUCACAGAUUGUUUUAUUUAUAAUACAGAAAGGUGACUCUUGCUUGGUUAAAUUUUGUCAUGUGCUUGCGUUGUAAAUAGUUUUAAAAUGCUUGGUGUAAAUGUGCUUUAUUUAUUGAUCAUUGUUCAUUUGUACUUUAACAUUUUAUUAAAGUCUAAGUUUUAA